GGAACAUGUUCACCGUUCGAGGCGCCACCCACCGGCGGUUCAUCAGCCAGCAGGCCUUGACGCUGCGCGACACUGUGAGGAAGCUGGACUACGACAACUUUCUCUGUGGCCUUUUGUUGCCGUCUGCAUCUCGCGAUGCCUUCUACGCGAUUCGUGCAUUCAACAUUGAGAUUGCUCGCAUCAAGGAUUCUUCUCGCACAAAUCCUGGCGCUGGAAAGAUCCGCAUUCAGUGGUGGCGCCAACGUCUCCACGACCUCUUCGACAGCCGCAAGCCUGCCCCAACGGACCAUGUGGUACUUGCGGAAUUGCACAGUGCCAUCCACAGGCAUCAGCUUACCCAGCGGUGGUUGGAUCGCAUCUUGGAAGCACGGGAACUGGAUCUCGAAGUGGAGAACCCGUCGACGGUCCGAGACUUGGACAUCUACGCCGAAAAGACUGCUGCAUCGAUGCUUCAUCUCGCGCUGGAGUGCCUUGAUGUCCGCGACGACACCGCGGACAUUGCCGCGAGACAUGCCGGCAUUGCCGUCGGUAUCACGACGCUCCUGCGUGGUACGACGUUCCACGCGAGUCAGAAAUGCGUGUACUUGCCCCAGGAUAUCCUGACGAAACAUCAAGUGGCAAUCGAAGACGUUCUCGCCGCAGCCUGCGGUGACUCCAUCGACGAUGCCGCGUAUUCAAGGAUUGCGCCCGUGACAUUUGACGUGGCCUGCCACGCCCUCGAUCAAAUGCGACAAGCGCAAGCGAUGCAGUCUCAGCUUCCCCGCGCUGCUAUCCCUGCCUUCUACACCACGAUUUCGUCGCAGCGCUUCCUCGCUCGCCUGGAAAAGUACCGGUUCAACUUGAUGCAUCCCGAAAUGCAUGACGCCCGGCCACACGGGCUGCAGUGGGCGUUGUUCAAGCACUCGUUGUUCCGAUCGUUUUAACAACACAUUUACUCCUCUCCGUGGUUCAACCAUUUCAAGGGGAACCGCUGACAACUCAAAAAUCAUAACAUUUGACGACUCGUUUCGAACGCUUUGUGUUAUCCACAACACAUCCACGUGAUAUUCG